AUGAGCCUCUUAGCUCGUGCCGUGCAUUUCCUGCUCAAGCGAGCUAUUGGGCAGUUCCUACUCAAGGAGAUUGACUUGUCUGAUUUGGACGUUCAGAUUGGCAAUGGCCAUGUCGCACUACGAAACUUGGAGCUCAAUGUCGAUGUGCUGAAUGAACUGGCUUCCAACCUGCCAUUUGUUAUCACUGAAGGCAGAGUCAGUCUGAUAUCCGCCACCGUGCCUUGGAAUAAUCUAUGGUCGGGUCACUGCUCUGUUGAACUCGACGGCCUGCAUGUCGUAGUCAAACCCACAACCCAGGAGCCUCCUCACCAAACGGUUCGAUCGCCCGUAGAUGACUCGCCAGCAAUUAUGUCGUCUUCGCUUCACUUUGCCGACGACUUUUUGCAUCAUGAAGUAGUAGACGAUGCAGAACUCGAUCAGGCAUUCAAGCCUCGAAAACAAACCAGUUCCGACGUACGAUCUGCUGCACCUCCUCCACGUGUUGGAAGUGUGACCAGCACAGUUGAAUCAGAUUCUUCAGAUGGGUUGCAUGCAGUCGCAGGAUUUAUGGAUGCCAUACUGUCUCGAGUCGUAGUCACGGUCAAAAACGCCAUGAUCCGAGUCGUAUUUAGGUCUUCUUCAAGUCUAGCACCCCCAUCCACGUCGGCGACAAAUGAUUACCAUUUGGAUGUAUGCUUGACUCAAGCCUCCUAUGGAGGAGCUAGAGCUGAUGAUACCGUGACUGGUGUAUUAGACAAGGUAGUUAGAUUAGGACAGGCAUCUAUAAGUCUAAAUCAACUACAGGAGCCCGCAAUCACCAAGCGACAGUCACCGACUGAAUCCGAGGAUGUAUUCGAUAUGGAAGGAGUCAAUAACAGUCCAUCUGCACCAUCCGAUAAUACUGUAUAUAGUUAUCAAAGCGUCAUUAUGAUGAUCGGAUCUGAUGUGAAUUCGACAAGCACUUGGAUGCACUUUGCCUCGAAAAGUCCAAACGAUUCUGGUGCAAGCUUAUAUGCUAGUGCUAGUGAACAUGCACCAGCUAAAUCAUCCAUAUCAAGCACACACCCAAAAUAUGACUUGGCUUGCUACAUUCCAGGAGUCUGCUCAUUGCUUUUUCCAUGCCAUUUUCCAGUCAUAACGGAAUUGGCCAGUGUAAUUAUAGAUAGUACUCGACAAUCUGCUUUGAAUGGAGACUCUCAGAAUGCCAGUAAUGCUGCAUCUCCUUCGCCAUCAUCGCCACCCGACACUACAAGUCGAUAUAGAAGUAGUGGACCAUCCUCAUACUCGUCUCCUCGUGAUCGAGUUGUACCUCCAGGAGCAUGGACAUCACAUCGUAGCUCGUAUGAUGAUGUUUGGGGUGACGAUCCAGCUCCCAAUUUAUUGGAUGGUAGUUAUCUCACUGGACAUGGUGGUGAUGGCAUGUACACACCUGUAUAUGAUGCACUCGUUCGAGUCGGACUGUAUAUACGUAAAGUCGGAAUAUUUAUUGUCUUGAAUACUGAUAGCUUUAGUGAAGCAGAUGUAAAAUCCUUUUACAAGUCAUUUGCUGAAUCAUGUGGUACCUUGAAACCUGAUGUGGAUUUGACCACUUUGGAUCUUACAUCCUUGACUGGUUUGUCUGGUGAAAAGUACUUUGCAGACAAGGGCAUAUCGCCAGAUGCUGUUGGAGCGAGUCUCAAAGCCGGUCAUCUCAAACUGGAAAUAUCGAGUGUGCUUGUACAGGGCCAACAAGAGACGGAUGCAUUCUUUAGCUCUAGAUAUCAGGAAACAGCACGUAGACUUAUAUUAGAGCUUGCAGUAGACACAGGAGCUGUCUGUGAAUGGAUUACAGAUCGAAAUAUUGAUUCUGAAUCACAAAGAAGUGUAGCUACUCCAGCAUUCGAUGCUUAUAAUGAUAUUGUCAGCUUUGAUUUAUACUCUGAUCCAAGUCGUAUUCCAACAAUGCUGGCCCAACUCAAUCACAAAUAUCAACCUGGCGCUACAGAAUUCGCUCGAUGGCCUAGUAGACAUCGAUUAUCACAGCCAACUCAUUCGCUUCGAAGUUUAAAAGAUACUUCUCGCCCACAACGAGCCAUAUUUGCAUCGUUUGAACAAUCAAUACCGCUUCCUGAAACACCAAAUAGUGGUAGAAGACGCAGACAUACACCGCCACAAAUGUCCAUGGCAUCUCCGGUAAUGUCAAAUCAUCUCUUGAAUCAAGAUUUGAAGAUUGAAUUGGGUGUUGUACAUCUCAACUUGGAUUUGAGACUACUGGAUCGUGUAUCUCCACUCUUGAAGAAGCUCAAGAUACCGAAAAAACCUGUAGUCUCACCUUCUCAGCCAUUGUCGCGUGCUCAGAAUCAGUUCCAGUCUGAUUUUAUGCAACGAGAUACCGUGGGAUCAAUUAUACAAGAUUUAGAACAACGGGACGUAAAAGAUGGUUCAAACGUGGUCAAGACAAACUUCACGCUCAAGAUGCCUUUGGUGAGAAUAUGGUUGGCAUCUCCUGAUAUGAGACAUGUAUAUAAGCCUGCUUUGAGAGCUCGUGCAGAUAGAGAAUGUCAUAUACGACCACACAUGCUGGUCUUGGAUCUCAUUGACUUGCAUGCGUCAACAUCAAUGAGCACCAGAAAGUCGACGGGAGAUGGUGCACGUCUCAACUCUGACCGUCGUCAAUCUGAAAUUGGACGUGAAGCUAGCACUGAUGCUAAAGCUCAACUCUGGGAGUUAAAACUACGUGAAAUUGGGUUGUCUUUGGCCAAGAAUGCUGCAGCGAGGUUGCCAGGAGACUCGAAAUAUUCUUUUGAACGUGUAGUCUCUGUAAAGCCUAUUCUUCAUAUUGGUAGCAACUUGCAAGCUCGUACCACUGAACCAAGUCAGAUGGACUCUUCACAGAAUGUGCUUGUCAAACUCUAUGUUCAGGAUGUAUCCCUAUCUUCAGCAUUUGAGCAACAUAGUGUCUCAUCUGCUAUCGGCGAAGGCUUUCCACGUGUCAAUGAAGAGACUGAAGAAGAUUCUGGAUGGGGUUUGAGAAGCUGGUAUGAUUUGGGCUCGAGUCGAAAGGCUCAGCAACCUGAUGCCUCAUUAUAUGGUCAUCGAGAUAUGGAUGAUGAGCUGAUGUGGUUUAAGCAGAGAGCUAUUCGUGAAUCGAGAGUGUUUUUAAAUUGUCAGCUACCUCCAUUAGCCAUAACCUUACCCAAAGCUGAUUUCGAUAUAAUCCAACUAUUGGCUAACGAAUUAACAUUAUGGCAACCACAAACAAUCCAAUCUUUUGAAUUCAAUAUUCCAUCAGAUGAUGAUGAUACAUCUACCAAUCAGCAAAGUGAAACCACGUAUGCAACCGCUGAUGAUGAUUUCUCAAAUCCUGGUAAAUUUUCGUAUGCAAAGAGACCUACUGAUUUUACUGCUGAAGUGAUGUUUGAAUCAAUCACUGUCACCAUACAUCCAGAACGAGUUGCUCUCGAUAGACCAGAGUGUUGUGCAUAUGAGCUGUAUUUGCAAUCCUUAUCUGCAUUUAUUGUUCAAGGAUAUGAUGGGAAGCCAACAACUCAUGGAUGGUUGGACGUGGAUGAGGUAUCAAUGACGUGUAUAGACCCAUUUGAUGAUGUACCCACUCGCAAAGUCUUGUUUCGUCGAACCUUACCUCCUACAGUAAAGCUACAUCAGACUUCAUCCAUGCUGGUCUCAUCAUUUGUGAUUCACUCCGACAAGGACUUGAAUCAUAAGGACAUGUCUGCGAAUAUUGAGAUAUCCAGGUUUACAGCAUGGGCUCCACUUGACCCUUCAGUCGCACUCGAUAUUAUGGCAUUUGUUAAAGAAGCGCCUGAGUUGAUUUUCGUGGACAUUCCUACUCGAUCUACAGCUCUAUCUCUAGUCCUUGGGGACUUUUGCAUUACUCACGAUACACUAGAUGCUCCACAUAAAGUAGUCAGUGUCACAGACAAUCUCAAAAUCUCAACCAAGCUCAUGCCACCAGGAUUUCCUACCCAAACCAUCAAAGUCGUCAUGCACAAUUCCUCAGUAUAUCUUUUAUACGAUGACUCGACUUCUGCUGCUGAAUCAGCGGAGUAUUUGUUGGCAAAAGCCGUUGAUGCUGCUUCAUUGGGUGGAUAUACUAAUAUUCGCAAGUAUUGGACUACUUUGGGAUAUGUGGAUGUGGCUGCUAUUGAUUUUUUGGAUGUUUUGGUGCGAAAGAAUGAGCAGGAUAUGCUUCCUAAAGUUGAGGUGGAAGUCACUGAUCAUCAAGUCACUAUUGAUUUGUGUGCUGAUUCAGUUUCAACGCUUGUUGAACUGUUUCAGAUCAUUGGAGAAAAACUAGCAUCUCACAAGCAAGUGCAACCUGAAACUCCGGAAGAGCCUCAAGAAGAUGUUCCUGAUAACGAUACGAUGGCCAAUGUCGACCAAGAUGCAUUCAGGCAGACUCAACCUCGAACAUCAGAUUACGAUAAUGUCAUUGUCAUGGAUGACUUUUUCGGAGAUGAUUUACUAGAAGAGGACGAUGAAGAUAUUGUCUCACCAGUACAUAAUCCACGAACAAACACUGCUAGUAGAGCUCGACCUGGAGUUAGUGGUGCUGGAUCAGAAGAUAUCAUCAGAUGUUUGGAUGAGCCAGAGUCCUUCAAGUUUAUUGAGAAUCACUUUGAUAUGAUGAUGUCACUUCGAGAUCAGGAAACGCAGACUAAGAAGCAGGUGGAUCCAAUACAAACACGAAUCGUAGUCAGUGACUUUGAUAUCUGUCUACGAAUUCAUGAUGGAUUUGACUGGCCAGUAGUACGAGCCUAUGUAGCUGAACAAGAAGAAAUCGAAAAGAAACGACGUCGAGAAUGGCGAAAGGGUAAAUCACGUAGUAGUACUCGACCACCUGAAGGCGGUCAAUCAACUGAGUCAUUGGAGUCUGCUACAGAUAUGGACGAUGAUAAUCAUACUGCACCAUCUGAAUACAAUCCCCCACCGUCGUCUCGAAGCACAUCACGACCUAAAUCAGCUGGAACGUAUACUCCAAUGGGUGAUUCUAUGUUUGAUGAUUCCGAUAGUGUACAUUCCGGUACAACAUCCGGUCGACAGCAUGCCCACUCUGCAAAUGCAGCAGGACAUGCAGCAUCCUCAUCAGCAGCAGGAAAUGAUGCCAACAGAAGCACUCGAAUACAAUCACUCGCUCGAUCUGAAUCAAGACUUGAUUGUCGACUUGUGUCUGUACGUUUCGAGUAUGAUACGUACCCAGAGACACUGCAAAAGAGUUUCCGUGGCGUCUUGACGAUUCGAGAUUUCGAGAUUAUUGAUAAUGUACGAACGAGUCGAUGGCGAAAAUUCCUUAGUCGAUUACGUGGUGAAGGAGCCGAUCAAUGGAGCUCUAGUGUGAAUAUGUUGAGAGUUGAUGUGAUGGGUGUGCGAUCUGGUGGUAAAAAGUCGGAGGAGUUUAGGUUGAGGGUUCGAGUACUCCCAAUGAGAUUAUUUGUGGAUCAAGAUGCUCUUACAUGUUUGAUACGGUUUGCUACAUUUGCAAGUCCAAUCAAACGUCCGAGCAAUGGUGCUUCGAAGCCUGAUACUACCUUCUUCCAACUGGUCGAUAUACAACCCAUAUCAUUCAAAAUCGAUUACAAGCCCAAACAUCUGGACUAUUCCAACAUUAUCCGAGAUGGGAAAGUUAUCGAGUUUAUGAACUUGUUCCAUUUCGAUAGUGCUGAUAUCACCUUACGGGCUGUUCGACUUACAGGGAUUCGUGGAGCAGAACGACUAGUAGAACGACUCAUUAGUGAAUGGCUUCCUCAUGUACGAAAUACGCAAGUCCCACGAAUGAUGUCUGGCCUGUCGACAGUUCGACCUAUAGUCAAUUUGGGUAAUGGUAUUGCAGACCUAGUUUUGUUGCCUAUUGAGCAAUUCAGAAAGGAUGGGAGAAUCAUUCGAGGACUUCAAAGAGGUGCCAAAUCAUUCGCCAAAGCAGCAACUUUAGAAUCCAUCAACUUGGGUGCCCGCCUAGCAGUCGGUACACAAGUACUACUAGAAGCAGCAGAUGAUGUCCUCUCAUUUGAAGCAACUGGUGAAGAAGGAGAAGAAGGAGACAUACUCUAUUCAUUCGAUGAUGAUGGUGGAUCAAGUACUUCAAUUGGUACCAGUGGUAGUAGUAAUUCUGUGUCGGGAGCAUCAGCAACUCCAUCCAAAUUCUCCGAUCAACCACGCAAUGUACGAGAAGGAGUCGAGUCUGCUUAUCGCUCUCUGCGACGCAAUUUCGGAGAUGCUGCACGAACUAUAUUGGCUAUUCCGACUGAGAUUCAAGAGAAUCCUGGUGCUCAAGGAACAGCUGCAGCAGUUAUACGUGCAGUACCAGUUCUAGUCUUAAAACCGAUGAUUGGUACUACGGAAGCUGUUUCCAAGACUCUACUCGGGUUGCGUAAUCAAAUUGAUCCAAGUAAACAUCAAGAAAGUGAAUCAAAGUACAAGAAUUAG